AUGAACCAAUGGCCACACCUGGUGGCUGAAGCUACAGAUCCUUACUUCUCAGAUCACUCAAUGAUGAGUGUUGCUAUUACUAGCGAUCAAAGGAGGAAUGCAAAACCUUUCAGGUUCCUCAACCAUUUAGCAACACAUAAGGAUUUUUUGGAUGUAGUACAACUAGUAUGGUCAACCCCAGUGUCAGAAAAUUCAGAGAUCCAGGGAACAACUAAGUGCAAUAUAGGACAACUACGACAGUGUUAUACUAAUCCAACAUUGUAUGAGUCCGAAAGAGAAAUUAAGCUCUCCUUGGAGAAAUGGGUGAUGGUUCAAGAAAGCAUACUUAGGCAAAAGUCAAGAGUGCAAUGGUUGAAAUUGGGGGACACAAAUUCUGCCUACUUUCAUACAUGUCUAAAGAAUAGAAUUUCUCAGAACUGUAUUAGAAGGUUAACAAAUGAGUUUGGGGAUGUUGUGUCCACCGAGAGUGGCAUCGAGACAGAGGAUAUAGCAGACCUGAAAGCUCUAGGAUGUGAUGGCUUCAAUGCUUGUUUUUUCAAGAAAGCCUGGCCUGUUAUUGGUGCUGAUGUCUCUGAAGCAGUAAUACAGUUCUUUCAGACAACCUGGAUGUAUAAAGCUAUCAACUGUACCACGGUCACAUUGAUCCCUAAGACUGGAACUGUUAUGGAUUGCCUUAUAGAUUGUAGCCAGUCAGCGUUUGUCCCAGGGAGGGUCAUAACUGAUAACAUCCUCUUGAGUCAUGAACUAGUGAAGGGGUAUCGUAGGAGAGGGUUGUCUCCUAGAUGUAUGUUAAAGAUUGACAUGCAAAAGACAUACGACUCAGUAGAGUGGAGCUUUCUAGAACAAGUUCUAGUAGGAUUAAACUUCCCUAGCAAAUUCAUUGGCUGGAUCAUAACUUGCAUAAGAACAGUGUCCUACUCUAUCAUUAUUAAUGGGAAACCAUCCUUACCAUUUGAAGCAAAAAAAGGUCUAAGGCAAGGGGACCCCAUGUCUCCUUUUCUGUUUGUUAUGGUUAUGGAAUACCUAAGUAGAGUGUUGAAACAAGUGGGGAGAAAUUCGGAUUUCAACUUUCACCCGAAAUGUGAGAGGUUGAAUCUGAUUCACCUGGGAUUUGCUGAUGAUUUAUUAUUGUUCUGUAGAGGAGAUAUUGGGUUAGUACAACUCCUAUUUGAGAGGUUUCAGUGCUUUUCCAAAGUUUCUGGUCUUGUGGCGAAUUUCUCAAAGAGUUCAGUCUAUUGUGGUGGUAUGACUAGUGAAGAAGAGCAGGAAAUAUUGGGAACUCUGGGGUUUUCAAAAGGGGAACUCCCUUUUAGAUACUUGGGAGUGCCACUUUGUACUAAAAGAGUGUCUUAUAUUCAAUGCCAGCCUCUCCUAAAUAAGAUCCUAAAUAGAAUCAAGUCCUGGACCACAAAAUUCUUAUCUUAUGCUGGUAGAGCUCAACUUAUUAAAUCUGUUCUUUUCUCUAUUCAAGUCUUUUGGGCUCAAGUAUUUGUUCUACCCAAGAAAGUCAUCAAAAGUAUUGUAGCAACUUGUAGAAGUUUCUUAUGGACUGGUAGGACUGAAAUCUCAAAGAAGGCAUUGCUAGCAUGGAGUAAAGUGUGUCAACCUGAGACUGCAGGAGGGCUAAAUAUUUUGGAUAUCACUGCAUGGAAUAAAGCAGCAAUUAGUAAACUUCUGUGGAAUUUGUGUCAAAAGAAAGACAAACUUUGGGUUCGAUGGAUACAUUGCUAUUAUGGGACAAGCAGGAACCUCUUGGAAGAUAUACCAAAGCAAGCUUCAUGGAUCAUGCAAAAACUAAUGAAAGCAGGGAAGUACUUCUUGGAAGCUGGCUACACACUUUUCGAUAUUCCCCAGAUGAACUGUUUCCAUACAAAACAAUUUUACUUGAAAAUCAGAGAGGAGUUCCCAAAAGUCACGUGGAGGCGAAUGGUCUGCAACAAUAUGGGACUGCCUAAGUGGGUUUUUAUACUCAGAAUAGCUGCUCAUGGUAACUUAUACACCAGAGAUAGACUGAGUAGUUGGGGUGUUACUACUACGCAGGUCUGCCCCCUAUGCGAUCUAGUACCUGAAAGUGACUCACAUCUAUUUUUUGCUUGUUCUGCCACUGGACAACUGUGGUUGAAGCUGCUGCGAUGGCAAGGAAUUCAUAGAAAUAAUUGGAGGUAG